GUGAUUUCGUCGUGGACUCUUUCAUCUCGAAGUGCGCCGCUGAAGAAGUGGGAUGCCUUUCAUCAGCAAAUUGCUCCUGAGGUGAAAAUCAUGUUUGCUAUCCCAGGAGAGCGAGAUGACAACAUCUGCAUCUCUGAGGGCAAGCAAAGGGCAUGGUAGAUCAUUUCUGGGCAAGUUUGUUGUUAGUAUAUGGCGUUGGUGUGCUCGGCAGGUGUUCUCGGUCAUCGUCGCUGUUGUUUGAGAUAGACCAAGGAAGGCCGGAUUCGAGGAAGGUGCGAUGGUUAAAUAUGGAUACGUCCUUUCCUGACCACUGUAAGCAAACAUCAGACUCUUCUAGCUCCUACGAGUCAACACAAGAACCACUGGUCUUGGGACACCGAAAGAGCCAUGGGCUCUCCAGCACCCGAGUGAGUGUGUCGUUUCCAUCUUCAGGUCUCAAGCCGCCACUGCCAAUACUGUUUCCUUCAUCGACUAAGUCCAUUGGUUUGCUGUCUCUUCAGGAGGCCUCUCUUAGCUUCCAGAGCGAUUCAUAAGUCGACAGCGUUUUCUUGAUGGUGUAGUACCUGUUUGUGAUACACAAUGACAGAGCAGGCAUGGUGUUGAACUGAGGCAAC